AUGACGAGGCGUGGACUGCGCAGCCUCAUCGUUGGAGGGUUCUUUGGAUCAUGUGGCGCACCGGUUGCAAGUUUCGCUUCCGGCAAGAAGGACCUCAAAAGCAUGGAUGAUUCUGCCGACCUUGAUCGGCUGGGGUCAAUGUUGGAAAAAAAGUGGGAGAAGGUGAAGCCUGCAUGCACAAGCGUCGGCAGCAUAGGUAUCAAAGCCGGAUAUGGUGUAAGCAAGAAAGAUCAGCUCGAAAGCAUUGUCCGGUGUGAUGAGCCAGACACAAAGUCGGAGAAGAAGGAUGCAGCCCGCUGA